CAAAUCUCUCAAAAACCUCUUCCAGUUUUACUCUCUUCCCCCCUUAUAGAGUUUAGUCAAUUUCUGCUCUCUUCCUGUUUUUCAUUUUCCCUUGUAGAGCUAACGUUCUGCUGGUUUCGGUUCACUAAUUUUUUCAGCUGUGUUUCUUUCAAAUCGUUUUGAUAUGUUUUUCAAAUCGUUUUGAGAUUCAUGUCUCCAGUUGUGAGUGAAAUCCUCCGAUCGGGGUUUAUGAUAAAUUCCUCACUCAGACGCAGGACCCAUCUUGUUCAAUCUUUCUCAGUUGUCUUCCUCCACUGGUUCUAUGUUUUUCAUAAAUAAAUUCUCUGUAAUUGCUUGACUUUCAUUUCCUUUACAUAAUAAACCCAAUAUAUAAGAAAACGUUGCAUUAGCUACACGUAGUUAGUAUCUGGGUCCUGUCGUCGUCUUUCUAUCAGUGAUUUUAGUGUACAUACAUCAACAUGGCAUCGUCCAGUGGGAAUUCCAAUUCUUCAGGUUCGACUCUGCUUCAGAUUUCAGGCUCCGAAGAGGAUCUGCAUCGGUUGAUGGAUGAAAGGAAAAGAAAGAGGAUGGAAUCAAACAGGGAAUCAGCAAGAAGAUCCAGGAUGAGAAAACAGAAGUAUCUGGAUGAUUUAAUGGCUCAACUCACACUCCUAAGGAAAGAUAAUAAUCAAAUCUUAACAAGCAUCAAUUUCAUCACCCAUCAUUACUUCAACAUUGAAGCUGAGAACUCUGUUUUGAGGGCCCAGUUUAUGGAACUAAGCCAAAGAUUGGAUUCUCUAAAUCAUAUCCUCAAUUAUCUUAAUGAUCCCACACUAAACAAUGGGAUUUGGGUUUAUGAAACUGAACCCUUUGAAACAAGUGCUGAUAGUUUCACCAAUUUUACUCUUAACCAACCAAUUGUGGCCUCUGCAGAUAUCUUUCAGUACUGAUCCACCCAUUACUGAAGGGCUGAAACCAAAAAGAGUCAAAAUGUAUGGAAUUUGGAACUAGAAAGUAUGAACUGCUUGCUAAAGAUAAAAUUAUCUCUUUUUUUUGUAAAUGGUAUUCUUCUGGUCUAAUAUAUGAUAUGGUGUGAAGUGUUUAUUAGCAUAUAUUAAGCUCCUUAACUUGUUUUCUCUCUUCU